UGACGCCACUACGCUUGCCGGCGGGAUAGAUGAAGAAGAUUCCCACCAAACUGGUUUAAACCACUCCCAACCUGCUAGUGUCAUGUAUGUCCCGGAAGAAGGUGGUUUUGCUGGCGAUGCUAACACUUUAGUCGACGGCAAAGAGGGUUUCCGCAAUGGGUCAUCUUCUAAAGGUCUUUUGAAUUCAAAGAAUCAAGGUUUAAAAGUUUCUUUACAACAACUCAAUUAUAAUCAAAGUAAGCUUGCUUUGGAUAGAUCCAUCAACCAGACAGUUGAACUAUUGUAUGAGUUGGUGACUGAAAAUAGUGUUCGCCCAAUUUUUUAUCCAGCAUCUGCUGAAGAUAGUAAUAACGUUUUAUUGAAUUCAAGAAAGGCACAUUUAGCUUUAGUUCGUCAAAAUAUUAGUAUUAAUUCAAAGUCUCUUUCUAAGGCUAAGAUCGACCCUGAAGCUUUGAAAGAGGAUGAUGAUGAAGACGUUCCUGAAUUCAAAAUCUUAAAACUCAAUCUUAAAGUGGGUAAUAAUUCUCAAAAUACCGAUAUUGUAUCUUCAUUGGAUAAACAAUCUAUUGCCCGUUUACUUGAGCAACGUUUGAAUCAACAGGUUAAAUACCUACUCAACUUGAAGGAUCGUGUGGAUGAUACUUCCUCAAAAGUUUUUGUAACUGGUGAUUUGAAUGCUGGUAAAUCAACUUUUUGUAAUGCUUUACUUAGAAGAAAAAUUUUACCUGAAGAUCAACAGCCUUGUACUUCAGUUUUCUGUGAAAUAAUUGAUGCUAAAAAGGAAAAUGCUAGUAUAGAAGAAGUUCACGCAAUUCGUAUUGGUCAAGAAUACAAUAUUCGUGAUGAAACUACCUACGAAAUUCAUCCUUUGAAAAAUUUGGAAGAUUUGGUUUAUGAAUGUGAUACUUACUCUCUUUUAAAAGUUUAUGUCCUUGACAAUCGUACUUUCCAAGAAAGCCUUUUGAGAAAUGGGGUUAUUGAUAUCAAAUUAAUCGAUGCUCCAGGCUUGAAUAUGGACCUGUACCAAACCACUCAAGUUUUCUCUCGUCAAGAAGAAAUUGACUUGGUGGUUUUUGUUGUUAAUGCUGAAAAUCAUUUUACUUUGUCUGCCAGAGAAUUCAUUGCUGCAGCUGCUGCUGAGAAAAGAUAUGUGUUCAUUGUUGUUAACAGAUUCGAUAAUAUCAGAGAUAAGAAUAAAUGUAUAAAUAAAAUCAUGGAACAAGUCAAAGAUUUAUCACCGGAUUCCCACAAAGAUGCAAAAGAAUUUGUUCACUUUGUCAGCUCAGCAGAUGUAUUAGAUGGCUCUCCUGGUGGUGGAGAUGGUCCUGAUGAUGGUCCUGAUGAUAACUCCGAUAAUAAUCGUAACCCAAGAGAUCCUAACUUUGAUCAAUUAGAGGCAUCAUUGAGAAAAUUUGUUUUGGAAAAAAGAGCAAUCUCGAAAUUAUUACCUGCAAAAAGCUAUAUUAUAAACCUUUUAAAUGAUUUGAAGGUUUUAUCGACUGUUAAUGAAAAAAUUUAUGCCCAAGAAAAACAAGACAAGCUUGAUGAAUUAAAGGGGAAAGUUGCACCUAAAUAUGAUGAAAUUAUGUAUAAGAGUGCUGCUAUAAGUGAUUCCAUUACUAAAUUGGUUGAAAGAACUUGUAGCGAAGUUUAUGAUCUUGCCAAAAAUGAUAUUUUGACCACACUCAGUAAUUUUGGUGAUCACCAAGUUGUCCGUUAUCAAGGUUUACAAAACUUAUAUGAAUAUGCAAAACAGACCCAAAAAGUAAUGAUUGAUACCAUUUUAUCAUCUGUUCAAAAUAGCGAAUCAUCUGCUAAAACUUUAACAAGUCAGAGAGUUGAUGAAAUAAUAAAAUUCGGACAGAAUACUUUGGGUGAAGAAUUCUUAAACGAUAAAGUCUUUAACUCGGACUUGAUGUUUACCAGAAGACGUGAUACUAUCAAAAAAAAAUUGGAUGACCUGAUUGAUUUUACUGACUUCUUUGAUCCAUCUUUUGAUUCUAUGAUGUUAUGGCUUGGUAUUCCUAAAGAUUAUAUCAGUGGUACAAGACAACAAUUAAAUUAUUAUAACCCAGCAACAUUAUUAACCAGCAUUCCUAAAAAUACUAUGGCAUUAAAAGAACAAAUUCCUACCCAAUUAACAUUGCAUACCUUGUACUCUUCAACAAAACUUUUAACUACUGGUGCAUUGAUUCGUAAAUUAUAUUCAUUAUCUCAUUUACUAAAACCCCAAGUCUUGAAACAAAUAAUCGGUCCAAUUUUAUUGGGAGUUGGUGGUUUCACUGUUUACUAUCUUAUUAAUGAUAUUCCAAAUGCUUUUCCAAGAAAGCAAGCUCGUAAGAUUAAGUCUCAAAUUUAUGAAAUGGACUAUGCUCAUGUUAAUGCCGACAGAAUUUCCAAAGAAUGCAGGCAAGUCUUGAAUUACCCAUCUAGGCAAGUUAUGAAUAAUUUCCAAACUUCCAUUGACAAGCGCAAUGUUGAAAAAGAAAGACUUGAAAAGGAAAUUAAAGAUGCUGAAAUAAGUCAUAAUUAUUUCCUUGGUUUAUUAGAUAAGAUCAAUAAUCAAAGAGAAUUUGUUAAUGAGAUUGAUUUGGAAAAUGUCAAUACUGUUGAUUAGUGUACAACUCCUUUAUCCUGCUUGAUUUUCACCCAAUUAUGUUUACGCUUUUCUACCUAUGUUAUCCACAAACGUUCUUUAUCCUUCUGUAU